AUGAAUAAAAUUAUUAUUUUUAUUUUACUUAUUAUUACUCUUUCUUUUGUGUUGGGUGAAAUUAAUGAAGCCAAUGGUGGGGUUUGCAAAAUUAGUAGCCAAGAUUGUUCUGCUGUUAACAAUGCAUUCAUGAAUGCAAAAAGAGAUUGGAAAGAAAUGCCAGAAAGUUUUAAUUCGAUUAUAUUAAAUAGUUCACAAUUCAUUUCUGAUUAUGGUUCAGAAUUUAAUUUAUUUCAACUAUUAAUUAAUGAAACUAAAUCUAUUGUUUUAUAUGCAUGGUAUUUAAAAGAAUAUAAUGAACUAAUUGAUACCAUUCGACUCUGUGAAAAAAUUAAACCAUUGUUAAUAUAUUUUAUGGCAAAAACCUAUAGCACCAAUAUAUUAAAGUUUCUAUUGAAAAAACAUGUAAAAAUCAAUAUAACAAAAUCAGAUUUGGACUAUAUUGGUGAAAUAUAUCUCAACACUUUAUUCAAAAGUUAUCAAAUAGAUAAUAACAAUAUUAUUAUGUUCUAUAAAAUCUAUUCCACACAAAAAUCAAUCAUUAUAGAGGAUAUUGAAGAAAAACCAUUAGAUGAUGUAAUAUCAACAAAGGAACUUAUCGAUUUGCAUGAAAAACAAUUUCAAUUAAUUCUAUUAUCGAAAUGGAAAGAAAUUACAUCAAAUCUAAUUGAUAAUGAUAUGAUUGUUACAAUUAAAGAUAAAGAAACAAUCGAUUGGUUAUCAGAUAUCGAAACAGGUGGUUGUAGUAUUUUAAAAAUAAGAAAUGCUUUAAAUUCAAAAUUAAAUCAAAUGAAACUUGAUUUUAGUACAUCAGAAUUAUUAGAAUAUGCAAGAAUCAAAUUUAAACGAGUAAUUCCAAUUUUAGAUUCAAAUAAACAGUUGUGUAAUAUUCACAUUUUACGUACUCAUGAUGAUAUUGUAUCAUUAAUCAAUCGUUUAAACCAAUCAAACUUUAAUGAUAAUGAAGAUUUAUUUAAAUAUUAUAUGAUUCAAAUUAUUCAAUUUGGUUCAAAAAAUUCAAUUAAAUACCUAAGAUUAAUUUGUGAUUCUAUUGAUGAACGGUUUUUUAUUAACUCAUACUCUAUAGAAGGGGAGAUUUGGGACGAUUCGGCAGGUUAUCAUGAAAAUGAAAAAUUCAAACAAUAUAAAAUACCAACUCAACAAACAUGUCAAAUAAUCAAUCUCACUAAAAUUAAAGUAAAUUUCAAUAACUUUCCAAAUGUAACCUCUUAUUUAUUUCAAACAUUUAUUGAACUUUUAAAUUUUGAAGGUGUACAAUUUAUUCUUGAUAAUUUAAAUGGUAAAGAUUUAAAAUUACAUGAAAAAGCAUUUAAAGAUCGUUUUCAUAAUAGAAUCUAUACAUGCAAAAAUUUAUAUAAAGAUUUAAUUGAUAUUAUUCAGUUUUUAAUUGAUAGAUUCAAAGAUGGUCAAUUAUCAUUAUCAAAUUUAUCAUUGAUAUUAAAUUUCUUUUAUUUAAAGUUAAUUAGAAGUUCAGAAUACACUUCAUACUAUUAUUUAAAAACUUUUUCACCAAUCAUCGGAUCAUGUGUAAUCGUUAUUGAGGAUCCCACGGGUGGUUUUGAAAGAGAAAGACCAUUCUUGAAAUAUCAUAUAGAUAAAUCAGUAUAUACAUUCGAAUAUAUAUUUACUGAUAGAAAUAAUAAAGAUUUAAAUCAAUUUAUCGAUUCAACAAUCAUGGACAUUGUAAAAGAUAACUUUAAUAUCCAAGUAUCCAAAAUGUUAGAUUAUAAUAAUCCAAGAGUUAAUUUAUUUUUACAUUAUUUUGAAAUUGAAUUAAAAUUUAGAAAGAAAAAUAAAAUCAAAAAACCAUUUUUAAAACACCAACUAUUGAAAUUAAUAAUUAAAACAUUUGAUUUAGAAUCAUUUAUUAAAUUAGAUAAUUUAUUACAACAAUAUGAACAAGAGGAUGCUAAUGAUGAUGGUGGACAUGAAAAUAUAAUAAUCAAUGGAUCCUAUGGAUAUGUCAAACCAUUAGCAUCUAAUAUGGUUGAAUGGUUUGCCAAUUGA